AUGCGGGCGAAGUUCUUCUUAUUGCUUUCUAUUUUUCAUGUCUACAUAAUCGUAUUCGUAGUUCCCGCUAAAUUUCAGGUGACACAUCUGUUUGUUAAAACUAUUUGAAAACUCCAAAUUGUUUUCCAUCUAUGAAGAUGAUUCUGAUAAUAUGAUUUUUGUUGAAAGAUUAAUUUCAAAACGAAUGUCGAAAUUUUUCAAUGGGUUUAACUUUCAAAAAGUUCCGGAACUGUAGUUAACCUUGCCGUGAAAGAAGUGGAUUGUAGAACGUCCUGCAAAAAAACAUCACGCUGAGCCAAAGAUGCUACACCAACAAGCACCUGAAAAUUGCCCCGGAAGGGAAGGAUUCGCGGGGAGUCAGUUCCAGUAUCCUUUGCGACUAUCUCUGCCAACCUUAUCACGAAGUUUUUUUUUUCUCAAUUUCGAUUUAUCUGAAGAUAUUUUUUUGGUUUACCUCCAAAGUCACUAAAAGAAAUUUUUCCCUCAUUUUUUACUUUUUUGUCAUAUAUGGAUAUCUCUGAAAUUAUCUGACCUUUUUUUAUUAAAUUAAUCUAAUAUUUCAAAAAGUAUGAACAUAAAAUUGAGAUAAACGCUAUUAUUUAUUUUUCCUCAAAAAAAUCAUUUAAAAAUCAUUUUCCAGGUUUUUCGGAAAGUUUGGUGAUCCUGUGUGUUUAUCGGAGAGGUUUUUGAUUAUGGCCUGAAAAAGUGAAAGAGAUUUUGUAGAUGUGUAUGUCAACUGAAGAGUGAGUAUCCUAUCGGAAUGACGCCUUCGACGAACACGUCUCGACCCACACCGAAAACGGAACCGACAACCAAAUCCGUGAGCAGGCCGAAGCAGCCGGUUUCUCACGGCUAUUCGUCCAUCUCGACCAAUUUGCGUCCGAAAGGCAGUUCCGGCGCUGUUCCCACGUCCCCAGCUAGAAUCAUUUGA